AUGACAAAUGAAAGCAUGGAGCAAGAACACUUGAAUCGUUUAGGAGAUGUACAGAAUGAGCCACGACGGAUGUUACAGCCAGUAGAUGGCUAUGAAAAGGUUCCACUCGUCUCUAUAGAACAAGCCAUUGCUCCACUAGUCGGUCUCGUCCCAGAUAUUGAACGUCGAGCCUAUAUUGCCAAACAACGUGCACUAGAACCACUGGACGGCCUCACCGUUGAUGAAUCAGCUGCAGUAUGUCUAUAUACCUUGGAGUGGAGUCCUGACUGCGUUUAUACUGUACUGAAUCGCACACUGCGGACAGAAAAUCGUCGUCAAUUGAUAUCUUGGUUUUCCUAUUUGAAACUCUUUUUAACUGCACUAUGGAAACUACCUUCAGCCGGAAAAACCAUCGUCUAUCGUGGCGUUAAGUUGGAUUUAAGUAAAGAUUAUCCAGAAGGAAAGACAUUUGUCUGGUGGGGUUUCAGUUCAACAUCUGACUCAAUUCGAGUGCUAGAAGCUGAGCAGUUUCUUGGUAAGACUGGCACUCGUACUUUAUUCAAUAUCGAAUGUUCAAACGGUAAAUUUAUUAAAAACCAUUCGUACUUUAAUUAUGAAAAUGAAGUACUGCUAAUGCCGGCUACUGAAUUCCAAGUGACAGGACGGUUAGAUUCAGGCAAUGGUUUACACAUAAUUACUUUAAAACAAGUGGAAUCGAAAUUUCCUCUAUUAGAACCGCCGUGCUCGGCCGCUGACAAAGCUCAAGAAUGUGCUACUAACAUAAAAGAAUUAAUUGAGAUUAAAAAACGCAAAUUAUCACGAAGCUGGGACUUUCGUGCAAAAGAAUUAAACGAUGAAGAUAUGGCGUUCAUUUGCGGUGAACUAAAAUCCAAUACAAACUGUCAAAGUGUUGAUUUAUCUUGCAAUCAAAUUACUGAUCUCGGCACUGAAUAUUUAGCUGAAAUGUUAGCAGUGAACAAAACAUUGAAACGAAUAUGGUUCUCUAAAAAUAAAUUAACUGAUCGUAGUGUAGAUUUAUUAUGCAAUGUUUUGAAAUAUCAAAACAUAACACUCAAAUGGUUAGCUAUAUCAAAUCAUAGCGAAAUAACGGAUAAAAGUGUUGCUAUAAUUGUGGAUAUGAUGAAAGUAACAACAAAUCGUUAUCCUCGGGGUCUCUACUGUUAUGAUAAUCAAAUGAGUGAGAAAGGUAAACAAAAAAUAGCGGAUGUAGCAAAAAAGCAGAAAAUUAUGUUCUUUCAUGACUGA